AUGAACCCGGACCCAUUCAUCGGGGAUAUACGAUCCAAAUCCAUGAUCAACAGUUAUCCAUCGCACCAUGUCACCAAAAUCGCUUGCGCCAGAAUGAAGUCAAGUGCGAAGGAACUAUACAACGCUGGACAGAUUAAUCUGCACAUGGAUACGCGCCAUGAAUUAGCAUCACCCGUACCAUACAUAUCCCCAACGGGAAGAAGCUUGGGGAUCGACACCGCGGCUUCGAAUUGGACUAGGGCAAACCCAAGAAUCCACAAAGCGAUGCCGCGGCUCCUCUCCCAAAAGGCGCAGACGCAGAGAUGCGGCAGCCACAUAAAGAUCGUCUCCGAACUCGAAGGUCCUAUCCAGCAUGAUUCACCUCAUCCAGCGCGCUAUCAAUACCAAUUGUUCUUGAGGGAGACAGACGCGCCGUUUUAUACCAGUCGGGAGGCCAUAUUCGGGGGCGGGGGAUCUGCUUUCAAUGACGUUUGUUUGUUCGUCACCGUCAUCCGUGGUUCAAAGCCUGCGCCAACCGCCAAAUUCAAGGCUUAG